GUAGGUCAAUGCGUCCUUCCACACGUGUGCUGUGAAAUCCUCACGCAACAGCCGGUUGGCAGGAAGGUUUGCGAGCUGCGGGCUUUCAAAAGUAUUUUAUCUUCUUUCGGACAGGUUACCUUCUCAGCGCCAAUAUGUUGAAGUCAGUUGCCCGUGCGGUAGGAGCUGGUAUCCGCUUGUCUGCAGCCGCUACAUCCACACGGACUCUUCCGCUCAGUUGCCCCACUCUUCGUUCACCGAGCGCGGCGACAACUCGGCCUUUCACCCGGUCGCUGUGGAUGAUGAGUUCCAGCGGAGCCUCUUCAGGAUACAGACCGAAACUGUUGACUACUAAAGUAUUAAAACCGUCCUUGUCAUGUGGCUGCGGUGGACUCCACACAGAAGGAGAUAAAGCUUUUGGUGAUUUUCUAUCGGAUGAAAUCAAAGAAGAGAAGAAACUCCAGAAAAACAAAACUCUUCCCAAGAUGUCUGGAGGGUGGCAGCUUGAGAUGAACGGGACAGAAGCUAAACUCUCAAGAGAUAUUGGUGGUGAAAAAGUUACAGUGACAUUUAAUGUCAAUAACAGCAUUCCUCCUAACUUUGAGGAAGAAGCAGAGCAAGGGCAGCAGAAGCCGGAGGAAGAUGAACCUGAAAUUGUGUCGACGCCCAACUUUGUCGUGGAAGUAGUGAAACCAUCUGCCAAACAUUCCCUGGUCUUUGACUGCCAUUUCCCUGAAGAUGAGAUGGGUCAUGGUGAAGGUGAGGAGGAGAGUGACAUCUUUGCAAUCCGGGAGGUCAGUUUCCAGCCUGAGGGAGACACAGAUUGGAAAGAAACAAGCUACACGCUCAACACAGAUUCUCUAGACUGGGCUCUGUAUGACCACCUGAUGGACUUCCUGGCUGACAGAGGGGUGGACAACACAUUCGCAGAUGAGCUGAUGGAGCUGAGCACAGCUGUAGAACAUCAAGAGUACAUCAAGUUCCUGGAAGACCUUCAGGGCUUUGUCAAGUGUAGCUAAAGUAUUGUGGAUAUGAAGUGUCACAUCUUGGUUUAUCUUGUUGCGCCAAACGGACUGAUCCUGGGGGGUCUCAAAUGUUCAUUACUCUUUCCCUAACUUAAAUUCAAGACCAUAAUAACAUGGGAUUUUUUUUACUUGGUUGUGCGUCAACUGUUUAACGUUGCACACUCUGGAGCUGUUCCUACAUGUUCAACAAUACUCAAAAAUACAGAUGUUGUAUCAGUAAAUAAAAAGUUAAUAAUAACC